AUGGCUUACAUUUUUUAUUUUUCUGUAGAUCCAGUUGCCACACUUCCUCCCAUACCAGGAAACCCAGGUUCUCGAGGACCAAAUGGUGAUCCAGGUGACCGUGGAGAGCCAGGCCCCCCAGGUCCUCCUGGACCCAGAGGAUAUAGUGGUGACCCUGGAAGACCUGGUCCGAGAGGUGAAGCAGGAGAGGCUGGACCCGAGGGACCAGCAGGGCCUCCAGGAGGUUCAGUUGGAAGUGCUGGAGUAAAAGGACCCGAUCCUGGUCUCAGCCGGGAUGGUAUCAAAGGCGAAACUGGCCCUCCAGGUCCCAGAGGACCUCCAGGAAGCCCAGGAAAACGUGGACCCCCAGGGUCAAAUGGGGGAGCAGGACAGCCCGGUAAACAAGGAGAUACAGGACCCCCUGGUCGUCCUGGUCCGCCAGGACCCAGAGGAGAAGCUGGACUUGAUGGUUUUGAUGGUGACCCUGGAGAACCUGGACUUAAUGGAGAGGGUGGUCCACCUGGUGCACCAGGUCCCCCAGGACCACCUGGUCUGGCUGGUGAUGUGGGUCAUAAGGGAGAUGUGGGAGAAAAAGGACCUAAAGGAAGUAAAGGAAACUCUGGAGUUCCUGGUGAAAGGGGAUCACCUGGUACUGCUGGGACCCCUGGUUAUGAUGGACAACCUGGAGAACCUGGAUUGGUUGGUAGCACAGGAAAGCCUGGGCGAAAAGGACCAGUUGGUCAGAGAGGAAAUGAGGGGCCCCCUGGACCACAAGGACGCCUGGUAUGAAUUUAAUCCUAUAAA